AUGGAGCCGGAGCCGGAGCACGACCACGACCACGACCACGACCACUAUCAUAAGCAUCCUCCCCCCUCCUACUCCUGCUCGCCCUCCUCAUCCACGCAGUCUCAGUUCCGUCAUCACGAUCCUCAGUCUCUGGCCUUUCCUCCCGUCCCGACCGCACCCAUCCACCAUGAGCGCACACUACCGCCGCUGCCGCUACCGCCGCCCCUUGCCCCAGCAGAACAACGAUGGCGAGCAGAAGAGUAUCGCUCUAUCUGGCCGUCCUCGAAUCCCUUGGCUGCCUACUAUCAGCCAGGACCCUCGGCUCUGUCGCCAAAAACACAGACUUCAGUAGGCCUGGACUCGCCGAGGACUAUGGAUCUUGAACCGCCAGAUAGUAGGGGGAGACGGGGUGGGAGUGUCCUGUCGAUCGACGAUCCGGACGUUCGACUCGCAGCUGAAGCGCUGGGAGACCUCAGAGCUGACUUCAUUGGAUCACCGCACCGGGACAACACAUCACUACCAUCCUCCUCCCCUCGAACCUUCCCCUCAGGAGGUGCACAACCCGAACCGCUCCUCUCUCUCCUCACAACCUCUCACCCUCUACUCGGCACAGCAAUCGGCGGCUCUCUAUCCGCUUACUCAGCCUCCAAGAAUUAUAGUCCGCGCUUCAAAUCAAGCGCCGAAUACGUUGAGCGAAGGUUCAGCCCCGUAGUCAACACAGUCGGCUCAGUCGGGCGCAUGACAGGCAUGGAAGGACGAGUCCGCUGGUUCCUAGGUGGCCGCCGACCAUCUCACCCCCAACCCUCCGAUGCUGAGUAUGGUUCCGAAGGCUCUAACAAGCGGCGCAAGGUCGCCUCGGAAGACGUCGACAUGGACCGUAGUGUCCCUCAUGAUCCAUACCCUGUCAACAGACAAGAACCCCAACACAGACAACGCAGAUCCAGCCAAGGCUCCACGGUCGAGAGUCUGCCCGCCUACGACGAACAUCGUAGUCCCAGCUACGAAGCGAAUGCGCUCGUACCGACACAACCGCAUGGUGAGCCGAGCUCCCCAGGCAGCUCCUGGCAAUCGCGGCUCGUUAUCUCUACCAGCGGCCUCAGCGUCGCCAUGAGCGAAGAGUCGCUCCGCAGCCUGAAAUAUUGUCUCGGCUGGCUACGCUGGGCAAACGAACACAUAGGAAAAGUCAUCAUCGCUCUCAAAAGCGUACUCGAGCAAUACGAGAAUGGGCAACGGACAAAUACGUCCGGCAGCAUAGAAAGUGGCGAUAACUCUGGUCAGCUCAUUGUAAGUAGUGACGCCGAGCGCUCAGUUCUCAGCGCCAAGAUCGUCGAGCUUAAAAAUCACCUUUUGAAGACGUUGAAAGACGCCGUAGACAUAGUGUCUAGGUACGCCGGCGGCGCCCUGCCCGAGAAUGCUCGCAUCCUCGUGCGUCGCCAUCUCACAUCUUUACCUCGACGCUUCCUGCUCGCGACCUCGCGCACGGCAGAGGGUGCGCGGAGCGCGGAGACGAAAGUCACGCAAAGCGCUAAUCGCGCAUUGGUCUUGGCGAAAGAGGGCCUCGAUAUGAUGGCCCAGGUAUCCGGUGUGCUGGAUGGCACCAUUGUCAGCGCGGAGGAGUGGUGCGAACGUCUUGGGCGGUCGAAGCGUGAGGAUGCGGAGAAGGAGCCGAUGGAAAAGUCGCCUGCGGUUUUGCCUCCUAUGCAAGACAACAGGUACACGAAUGAGAGUCUGGGGCAGUUACCGGAUGUGAAGAUGGGUUGA